AUGGCAUACUUUGGGCAGGUGCCUUUCUCACAUGAGGAAUUCCAUGAAGGACAGCCUGGGGACCAAGCAUCUCACACCAUGUUCCACUAUGGUUCUGCUGGAGAGAUCCCUCUGGGAUUUGAUCGAAUAGUUGAUGAAGUCAGCAAUGAAUUUUUUUUCUAUGGUUCAUCACAUUCACAUCAUCAUGAAGAAGUUUUUUUCCCAUCAGAUGUCUUUGGUUUGAAUGUGCCCGACCAGCAUUUUUAUGGUCAGCCUCUGGUUGCUUCUGGAAAGUUUCACCCUGGAAAUACAGUCUCUCCCUGGCAGCAAGGCACAGUAUCACCCAUGGUUGGCUUCAGAUCCUCUUUACUAUCUGAUUAUAGAAACUUCUCUCUGGUGGAUCCUUACCCUUACAGUCCAGACAGACAACUCUAUGGAGGGAACAGUGUAAAUUCAGUCACAAACACAUUUGGUUCAAGUAUGGAAAGAGGGAACACAAAUCUGGGGCUUCAGAUAGGCUUUGACAGUGUAAAUGCUCCAUGUCCUGUUUUCUUAGACAAGUAUCCAUUUGGAGAAGUGAGAGAUGCAAGUGGAAAUGGAGAAGCUUAUUUAAUUGACACUUCCAGAAGAUGUGACAUAGGACCUACAUGGCCCCAUGGCAUUGAGGCUACAGGUUGGUCUAUCCAGCUGGUGGAAGCAAAUCAAGGAAGUAAUGAAAACACAGUUGAUUUUUGCAACACAGUGGAGAAAAUCAGAAAUGCCUAUCCUGCUUUUGACUUGAAGACAAAUACUGGGAAAAUCUGGAGUGUGGCAACAAGGUUCCCAGACCAUAUCCUUGGUGGUACAAAAUUCAGAAUCAGCGUUUGGACAGAUUUUUCACCGUCUCCUCUACUACUUACACAGCAUGCUGGCUGUAUCACUCAUGACUUAAUUGCAGAGAUCCUCCAUUGCACAGCUCAAUCCCUUACCCAGGAGGAAUGUCUUCUGAGUGUGUGUGGGUCUGAUGAAUUCUUGCAAAACAAUCAUACUUUGGGCAGCCAUGAAAGCCUUCGCAAGGCAACCACCUGCAUUCAGCCUACACGACAUAGCAGGAAUUUGAAACAAAGUUUGGCUAGAAUGCCUGGGGAUGAUCGAAGACAGUUCAGUGUGAAUCAGCUGUUUGAAGACACUGGUGCCUUAAGGCUGAUGCAACAGAACCUUAUCUCUGUUAUUAUGAACUAUAGAGGUCAAGUGGAAUAUCUGUUGCAAAAUGAGCAGCAUAAAGUUGAUGAUGUGAUUGAAGCAGCUAAAGCAAUCUGCAGUGUCCUCUGUUUUGUGGAAACCAGAGACAUUACUGAUGCAGUCAAGAAACUCCAUGAAAUGCCAUUGGUGAAAGUACAGGAUUCACUUCAAAGUGUGGAAACACCAGGCAAAGAGGCUGCUGUGACUGAGCUCUCCAUGGCCAUCUCUCGUCUCAUCCAUGUUUACUGCAGCAGCUUUGAUGCAAAUUUCCAGCUUGCCAGCACACCUAAAAGCCCUUCAUGUGCUGCAGACACCAGCCUAGAUUCCCAGCUCAGCUUCACUGUUUAUGCUGCCCAUAACAUCCCAGAAGCCUGGGUGAACAGCUACAAAGCUUUGUCUUUUUCCUGUUUACUAACUUAUGCUGGGAAGACAAUAUGCCAAGUGAAGAUUUGCAAAAAUAUUCCUGUUAAAAGAUCCUUCUUUUUCCUGGCUGACUGGAAUGAGAAAAUCAACUUUCCUCUACGAAUAAAGGCUCUUCCCAGGGAAACCAUGCUGACAAUAAAACUACUGGGUGUAAACAGUGCCUCUAAAAAUACACAAGUGCUUGCUUGGACAUGCUCCCCACUGUAUCCCAAAGAGAGGCUCAUUCAUGGAUCUGUGCUGCUCAGCAUGACUCUCUACAGCACACUCACAACAACAAUGAUCACCCCAGGCAUCUGCUGUACUGAUACACCAACCUCAGUCACAUUGCAGAUUGACUUUCCAGAAAGUAAUUUGGAGUUCAUUAAACUUGAACCCGAAGAAAGAAGAGGUGAUCUUGCAGAGCCAACCCACGAGUGCCUGAAGCAUAUUGCAAGACUUUCACAGAUACAUUCUCUCUUGCUACUCUCAGAGCAACAGAGAAGAAUCUUAUGGUUUUAUCGUUACCACUGCAAUAAUCAAAAUUGCUCCAUUCCUCUGGUGCUGGGCAGUGCACCCAGCUGGGAUCGAACCACUCUGUCAGAAAUGUAUGCUGUGUUGAGCAGUUGGAGGUUUUCUAACCCUCUAGAGGCACUUGGCCUUCUGACUUUCAGUUUUCCAGAUCAAGAUAUUCGCAGAACAGCAGUCCAGCAAUUGGAAAAUAUGUCAAAUGAUGAAUUGUUAGAAUACCUCCCACAGCUGGUGCAGGUACUCAAGUUUGAGUGGAGUCUUGAAAGUCCUCUAGUGAAACUCCUGCUGCAUCGUUCUCUUCAGAGCAUACAAGUAGCCCAUCAGCUUUACUGGCUGUUGAAGAAUGCACAGAAUGAAGUUCAUUUCAAAAUGUGGUAUAAGAAACUGCUGGCUGCUCUCCAGUUCUGUGCUGGACAAGCCCUGAACAAUGAGUUUUCUAAGGAAGGGAGACUCAUCAGAAUUCUGGAAGAUAUUGCCACAGAAGUGAAAGCUGCCAGUGACCCAAAAAGAAAGGAGGUGUUAAAGGUGGAACUCCACAGACUUCAGCAGUUCUUCCAGGAGGUAAAGGUUUGUCGGCUCCCCCUGAACCCUGCACUCGUUGUCCAAGGCAUAGAGGCAGAUUCAUGUUCAUAUUUCACAUCCAAUGCUUUUCCAUUAAAAAUCUCCUUCAUCAAUGCGAAUGCUCCAGGUGGAAACAUCAAUGUUAUUUUUAAGGUUGGUGAUGAUCUACGGCAAGAUAUGUUGGUUCUGCAGAUUAUUCGAGUGAUGGACAACAUUUGGCUCCAAGAGGGACUGGAUAUGCAGAUGAUCACUUAUAGGUGUUUAUCUACAGGGAAAGGACAAGGAUUGGUGCAGAUGGUGCCAGAUGCAACCACACUAGCAAAGAUCCACAGGGAGUCUGGACUGAUAGGACCAUUGAAAGAGAACACAAUUAACAAGUGGUUCCGUCAUCACCACCCUCUGGAAUCAAGUUACCAAGAGGCAGUAAGGAAUUUCUUCUAUUCCUGUGCUGGUUGGUGUGUUGUUACCUUCAUUCUGGGAGUUUGUGAUCGACACAGUGACAACAUCAUGCUGACAAAAGCUGGACACAUGUUCCACAUAGAUUUUGGAAGAUUUUUAGGUCAUGCACAGAUGUUUGGAAGCAUAAAAAGGGACCGAGCUCCCUUCAUCUUCACAUCAGAGAUGGAGUAUUUCAUCACAGAAGGUGGAAAAAACCCACAGCGUUUCCAAGAGUUUGUGGAGCUUUGUUGUCGAGCUUAUAACAUAGUCAGGAAACACAGCCAGUUACUCUUGAACCUGCUGGAGAUGAUGCUGCAUGCAGGAUUGCCUGAGCUAAACAGCAUCCAGGAUCUGAAGUAUGUGUAUGAUAACCUCCGUCCUCAGGACUCAGAUCUCCAGGCUACAAGCUACUUUACAAGGAAACCAGAAUAUAAUUUAGAAACCUUAU